CCUAUACCUGCUCAACUCAGGUACAGUAGGUAGGCGGUUCAACUAAACGAGCUAAAUACAUUGUAGUUUUGGGGGCGGCUUGGUCUGUUCCUGGGUUCGGGAUCUGCAUUUUAGUGCAUGUACUAGUACCGCCGCCAUGUCUUUGCUGCUAUUUUCAGGCUCAUGAUCCACGUGGAGGGGCAUCUUCGUCAUCCCGCCUCGACAGUGCUGCGUAAGUUAGUACUUGGACGCUCAAUUCUGUAUACCUAAUAUACGCCAUUGCGAUCGCCUCGCUCAUUUUCCGCGGUGCUAUCACCUCUCCCUCUUUAACCCAGCUGGGUCCUAAACGCUUCACUCUUUGUUCCAUUUGUUCUGCAUCGGGGCCCGUCGCGAUCUGCCAACGACGAACUGUGCGCUGGUUCCAGAUAUCCUGCCAUUGUAUUCCACAAUGCUCGACGAAAACCUACCAACGUUCUACUUCAGACAGCCCUCAGAUAAUCCUCUCUCUACAAAUCUGUAUUUUACUCAGAAUGGCUCCGAACCCGUUGCCGAAUACACCUUACAAAGACUCGAUCCCACGCUUCCUCAGGCCAGGAAUAAAUAUGCCAUAGCACUGGGUGACGCCAGCGCUCACGGUGUCAUCUUUGCUGAGGUCCUUAUCGAGCCCGAAUUCCAACAACCUAGCCUCUCUGCCGCCGAAAUCCGUGCGCGCAACGGUGCUCCUACAACACCUGUUCCCAUAAUACCUGAAAGUUUCACAGUUCAGCUAUAUAAUCCAGACCAGCAGGUUGUCAUCAGAGGAGAGAAGAGCACGUGGAUGGGCAAAGAGUCCUUUGAGUUCGAGAUCCCACAACAGACGUUUCGUACACCGUCGGCAUCGCAGAUCGAUCGGCAACAAAACAACCCUGUCACCAAUAGCCUCACACCCAAGAUUAUGUUUAAAUGGAAGCGCGAGAGCAAAUUCAGCAAAGACAUGACCUGCUACAUGACGGGGCGCUCUGUUGGUGGUAAGAAAAGCAAGGAACCUGACAUAACGGUCGCGUUAUACCAACACGGGCGAGAGAAGGCCGUCACCAUCUACGAGCCCAACCUACAGAGGGUGGAAGUCGAAGACCGCAAAGGUCUUGAGAUUGUUCUACUUCUAGGCGCAGAAGUUAUUCGUGAGAUUUAUUUGACACCUAGUCGAGACUCGUUCAAUGUAGGUGGCGUGCCAGCGAAUAAGCGCAAGAACUCCAAGCCCCUAGGCAACAGCCCGGGUUCCCCUAAACCGGAUGCUUACACCAUGACCUCUGGCAUCGGGGUUUCUGUGCCCGCAGCUGUAAACUCGCCAGCAGCACAACAGCCUACUCAACCACCCACGAACUCACUGGAUGAUCGUGAAAGGGAAAAGAGGGAUAAAGCCGAGCAAAAGAGGAUCAAGAAAAUGUUAGAAGACGAGGAGAGGGAGCGACGGAAGCGGGAUGCCGAAGUAGAAAAGGAGACCGAAAGACUGAGAAAGGAAUUUGGCAUGGAAGGGCAAGAUUUUGGGCCGAGACCUAAUCUACCUCCACGCCCCGGUCCAAGCGGCAGUACAGGACCGAGUCGUCCCGCAUUACAUUUACAGACUCCGGCGCCGCCGCCGAGGCCCUUAAGCGCCGGUCCAAGACCUACUGGGCAUAGUAGUUGGUUCUCCGGUCCUGCUAUGGGUCCCGGAAUGCCGCCUCAGCCCGCAUUCUAUGGACCGCCCCAACCUCAACCCAAACCUGGACGGCGGAGGGGUGGGAGUGGAGACGGCAAGAUUCACAAGAAGAAGAGCACCUUUUUCUAGGAGAUUAUGGGGGAUGUAUAGAAGAUAGCCUUCUGUAGACUGUUACGUUUCCAGCGAACUUGUUUUUGAAAGCAGGCACGAAGGUCUGAAUACACCUAGCAUGACAGUUAGUUGAUACCCAUUAUGAAUCCAUUUAAUUUGUUUCCUCCUAUCCAAUCUAAGCAUUAACAGCCUAGGUAGUGCCUUUCAAUAAUAAAUAUAGUCCUUGCCUUCUAUCCCUUCCUACUGGUGUACACCUCAAGCAUCAAGCAGGAAGGCAAUGACAAAGCACCCUCACACUCAUCACGGCAUAU